AUGGGCAAUGGUUAAUGUCAACAAACUAAUCUAAAGAGUGAAGUCAACAUGAUUAUCACUGAGGAAAACGUGCAUUCAGAUGAAUCCGAACAUAAUCUUACAUCAAAAAUUACUGAUCGAGUUUAUAAAGUCAAUUUUGUUAGAAAUGAACUGAUGCAGAGAUUGCAGUCAAUCAAUCAAGAAACGUAAAAAUUUCAAAAUAUUACAAAGAUUAGUCUAUUAUAUAUAACAGAACUAAUUUUAUAAUUGAAUAAAUAUACUGUAGGAUAAUUAAAAACCAUGAUGAUUGGAGCACAUAAGACUUAUUAAAUAUUAAUAUAAGCUAUUAUUAAGAUGAAACCUGAAAACACAGAAACAAUUCCUGUUCUAAGUGAGGAAUUUAAUAAUUUUAAGCUAUUUUAUGAAUUGUAAACGUAACCAGCCUAAUAAUUGUAUUACAGGCCCGUUUAUAAUGAAAAUUAUGAAAUCGUUAGAGAAAUAAGAAUUAAAAGAAUAAGAAAUUAUGUAAUCAAAGAAGAUAAUGUAACAGAUCUCUAAAAAACCUAAUAAAGGUUAUAAUAUUGGAUACAAUUGAGCCAAAAGAAGCAUCCUAACCUAUUAAAUUUAAGGGCUGCUGUGAUUCAGAAAAACGUAUGCAAAUAUGUUACUGAUUAUAUUGAUGGAAUCACAUUAGACAAGUUUCAAAAUAAAAAUAUUUAAACUAAAGAGAAAAUCAAAAUACUCUAAUAAAUGGUGGAUUCUUUACGAAUGCUACACUCGUAAUAAUUGGUUCAUGGGGAUAUUAAACCUUCAAAUUUUAUGGUUACUCCGCAGUAUCAAGUGGUUCUAUUGGAUCUUGAUUAAUUAGGUGCAGAGAGACAAUCGGCUGAUAUGACGUAUUUGUAUUCGUUUAAGGAUGAUCAAUGCCCAACGUUCUAAGGAGAUGUGUGGUCUCUUGGAUUAUGCAUAUAUUCAUUGUUCUUCGGACAAAGAAUAGAAAAAAAUUGGACUAUUGAUGAUUACAAGGGGAGAGAUUUCCCUGCUUUUAAUAUAAGGUCUUAUGGACCAGUGUAAUAAAUUUUAGAUGCUUGUAUUGUUGAUAGCCCAAAAGAUAUCUGGUACAUAAGUACUCUAAGUAAGCAAUUAUGA